AUGUCAGUAACUCAACUAAAUCUAAUAUCAUCAAACGAUAUUUAAAAACAUACUCUUUCAAAGACUAAUUCUAAAAAUCUGUUCAAUCAGACAUGCUCAAAUGGGCAAUUAGUUCUGCCAGUAUAGACUGAUAAAAUGGUAUCAUAUUAAAGCUUUUCUCCUGCAAACCUAAUACGUCAGGACAAUAAGAAGAUGCAGAUGAAUACCUCCAUGAGAGACCUGACUGAUAAGAAAGCUCCUCAUUAGGUCUUAAAGUAAAAGUACCUAAGAUAAAAAUAUGGACAGCAGAGACAUUAAUAUGAUGGUAGAUAAGUGCUUAAUCCAGUCUAAAUUGUUAACUAAGAGGAAUACCAGGAAUUGAUAAAAUAAGAAUUGAACAGUAAAAAAAUGAUAGUAGCUGGUUUCAACCAAAAUAUUACUAGAACUGACAAUAAUCAAAAUGCAAUAAGUCCAUCUAGGACGUUGCCAUCUGGAAGAGUCGAAUAAAUUAAAUACCUGUAGUAGAAUUAGCUACUAGAUUAUAUAGCUCACGAGAUGGGAGUCAUUGAAGAACCGCUUAUUUAUCUUGAUAAGAAUAAUAAUAAUCUCUUGAGGUCUUUUGAAUAAUCACCAAAGACCUUAGCUGGAAAUAACAACCCUCCACCUUCAUUAAUGAUUUGCUCAAUUAGUUCUUAUCUAAAGACUUAAAACAAUUUAAAUGCCUAAAUAAAUGAUAAUUUGAUGCUUUCUCCCUCCUAGACUAACUUGAGUAGAGAUAGAAAUGAAGUGUUAAACAUGAUGCAUGUCAAUGAUACUGAAAAUGAUAUAGAUAGUGAAGAUGAUUAAAGUGAAUGUGUUAGUGAAAAAAGCCAUGAUGUCCCAGAAAUCUUAGACACUAACAGAACUUAAGAUUAAUAGCUCAAAGAAAUCUAUGAUAAAUACACUUAUGAGCCUGAAGAAAACUUUUUCACUUCGACCAAAAUUGACUUAAAGCCAAAGCAUGAUCUAGUUGCAAUUAAGAAUAGACUAAGCAAAUAGCCCAUUAGCAACACUCCUAAUCAAAUGAAGAAGUAAUCUCUAAUGUAAAAACUUAACAUAAAUGUUGGUAUCAACACUGGACGAAAAACAAUUCAAUAAUUUUCAACAGAAGCUACUGUAGUUGAUAAGUAAGAAUAGAUUGUUAAGCUUUAGCAGAAAAAGAAGGAUUUCCUACAGAGUAAUCAAUAAUAAUAGUAAAUUUCUUUUAAAAAGAAAAAAAGGAAAUUUGCACUUGGCAACAUUUUAUGUACUCUGCCCAAGAAUCUUAGAGAAUAAGAGGCUCAAUUUUUCUUAUCAAAUUUUCAAGUGAACCCAGUAUUUACCUACGACAAUAUUUACUUGACAUAAAGAUAUGUUAAUGACUUUACAUUUGUUGAAAAUGAAGAGCUGUUGAACAUUGCUGUAAAAAUCAUAAAAGCGUUUAUCUCAGAGUAUGGUAGUGAGAGGAAUUUUAUUGAAAGGGAGGGUAGAUUGUUGACAAGAGAAGAAACUGAAGAAUCUUUCUAAAAUUAUAUAGCUGAGCUGGAACUUGAAGAGUAUUUAGCACUUAACUUCACCUCGAAUGCUAUUGCUCCAACAAGUAUUACUCAUUCAAACAAUGGCAAAAAAAGCAAAAUUAAUAUCUGCUUGCCUAUCGAUUAUAGUGAAGGUAGAAUUCAAGGAGUAAUGCAUCAUGAAAUAGGCACUCAUUUUGUUCGCAAAUUUAAUGACAAGUUUUAAAUGUGGACUGGAAAGAGAGCAGUAUUUAAUCUAUAGGGAUCUCUUGACACAGAAGAAGGGUUAGCCUGCAUUAACUAGUAGCUUGAGAAUACAAUUUAUGGCAAAAAUAAAUUAACUAAUAGGCUGAAACUAAAGCCUUAUCUCUUUAGACCAGCUUUGUAUUACUACUGCUGCCAUUAGAUUCAUUUAAGAUCCUCUUAGAAGGUACAUUUAUCGAUAAAUUUAAAUUCAUUAUUCAGAUGGAAAUAUGUAAUGAGAGUGAAGAGAGGACUAAUAAAUACUCAGGAUAUCGGUGGAUUUUAUAAAGAUUAGGUUUAUCUUAGAGGAGCAGUCGAAAUAUUGAAAUAUAGAAGAACAAUAAAUUUUGAAGACCUCUUCUGUGGGAAGCUGGCUCUGCAAGAUGUAUUACUUAUAUCUUCUGAGAUAAAGAAAAUAAAGUUAAAUAAGGAAACCAGUACAAUAAAACUGCCAACAUUUCUCAAAGAUAUGGAAUUAUAUAAAAAAGCUAUUGAUGAAAUAGCUAGAGUAAACUUUAUCGAUUGA